AUAAGUAAAAGUUGUAGAAAAUAAUAAAUCAAUGACAGAAUUAAGAAAAUCUAAAGAAAUAGUUUAAGCAAAAAAUUUCCAAUUUGAUUGCAAUUGAUUGACUGGUGAAAUUUUUGUCUACUCACAACACAAUGGAGGCAGUUCCACGACUUCAUAUGUUGUCUUUUCCCAACAAAUCCAGUCCGGAGGGGACUUCCUUUGCGGGUUUAAAGAAAUAUAUUGCCGAAUUUUAUCAAGAGAAUCCGGACAAUUAUUCCAAAGAACUUUAUGCUUUAGAAACUUUACGCAAUCAAGCUUUAAAUACCCCUAAGGAUAAUUGUGCUAUACUAAAGCGUUAUUUUUGCCAAUUGGAGUCGUUGCUUAAUCGUUUUCCCAAGUUAAGAGACAAGAAAGUUAUUUUUCAAUUUACCUGGAAGGAUCUAUACAACUCCAAGGUUCAGGAAUACAAUGACAUAGGCUAUGAACAAGCUGCCGUCUUAUACAAUGUAGCAGCAGCUCAUACACAAGCCGGUGCCGCGGUCAAUCGUACCGAUAUAGAGGGCAUGAAAUUGGCCUGCACCCAUUUCCAAUGUGCCGCCUGGGCUUUUGGCGAGAUACGUGAACGUUAUAUUAAUAUGGAUGAAUUUGGUGAUUGUUUUACUACUGAAUUGCUGGUGUUUAUGCAACAGGUCUCCUUUGCCCAGGCUCAGGAAUGUAUACUGGAGAAAUCGUUAAUAGAUAAUCGUAAACCAAAUAUUGUGGCUAAAGUUACCGCACAAAUAGUGGUGUAUUAUGGGGCGGCCUUGGCUGCUUUACUUACUGGUGGAGAUGAUGGCCCUGUGGCCCAUGUAGUCGAUUCGGCCGUUUAUAAACAAUGGAAGAAAUAUGCGUUUAAGAUUUCCUACUUGAGUUGCAUUUUAUACUUAUAUCAAGGACAACAUGCUGAAGAGCAAAGGAAAAUGGGAGAGAGGGUUACUUUGUAUGAGGCUGCUUGGGAAAAACUCGAAGAAGCACGCAAAGAAUCCAAAGGUCUACCCGAUAUAAAAGAAAUCAAUGAAUCUCUCAUAUUCACCGCUGAUGUCGUGGAGGCAAAACGUAAAAAUGCUAAAAAUGAAAAUGAAUUCAUUUAUCACGAAUCCGUACCCGAAUUGGCAACCAUAAGUGCGGUACAAGGAGCUAAUCUAGUAAAUGGCAUAGGAUUUUCUGCCACAGAUCCAGAGAUAGCAGGUGAGGAUAUAUUUGCUCGUCUAGUGCCCAUGAAGGCGCAUGAAGCUAGCUCUAUGUAUAGUGAGGAAAAAGCUAAACUAUUGCGUAAAUAUGGCAACAAAAUUGAGGAGAAAGAUGGUGAAUUGGCUAGUUUUAUGAGUUCGCUAACAUUGGAUAAUCUUAAUAUCAAUGAGGAAAAGGCUAAUAAAAUACCUCAGGGUAUAGUGGACCGAUGUGCAGCCUUAAAUGCCAAUAAAACCGCCAUACCAGAACUGGUGCAAUCCAUGUCACGUUUAGCAGAGAUAUGUGGUGAUGUAGAGGCCAAUCUUAAGGAGAUCUCUAUGAUAUUACAGCAGGAAGAGAAGGAGGAAAAGGAGUUUCAACAACUCACCGGUGUACAACGAACACCCAAUGCCCAUAUAACCGAAUUAACGCGUGAAUUUCAAAAAUACUCCGAGGCUCACAAUAGAGCAGGCGAGUCUAAUGAUACUUUACGUAAAGCCAUGGAGUUGCACAUCAAUAAUUUGAAAAUCUUGGCCAAACCUUUGCAAGACAUACAACAGUCUGUGCCCAAGUUGAGUUCUGAACUCAAUACCGCUGAAGUUUUUAAAGAUGUUAAACUUAUCGUGAAUAAAGUUAAUGAAAUGAAGGCACAACGUUCCCAAUUUCAUGCUGAUUUACGUAUAGCGGUCAAUGAUGAUGAUAUUACCACUAAAAUUAUAGCCCACGAUUCUGAGGAAGAUUUGCAGGCUUUAUUCGAUCGUGAAAUGGCCAAACAUGAACGUUUGACCCAGUUAAUAGAUCAAAACCUAUUGGCCCAGGAGAAUAUUUUAAAGGCUUUAACGGAAUCCUAUGCUAAGGCGGCUCCUGUUUUGAAGACCUUGGCAGAUGUUAAAAAUAAACGUGAGGGAUUCUUUGCCUCUUUGGCUGCCUCCUAUGAUGUGUAUGAAGAUUUAUUGGCCAAAUCGGCCAAGGGUUUAGAGUUCUAUAAUAAAUUAUCGGCCAAUGUUCAAAAACUUUUAUCACGCUGCAAAUCUGCAAGAGAUGUUCAAUCCGAAGAACGUCAGCAACGUUUGAAAAGUGUUACCCAUAAACCUUAUGGUUCUCCACUUAAUAAUACCACACCCUUAUCCAAUCCAUCCAUUGCAGCCACCACCUCCACUACACCAAAAUUACGUGAUUACUUGAAUGCCAAAAAGGCAGCUAAAGAAAAAAAUCUUAACACAAUGCCGCCAAAUGCAAAUACGGCGGCCUAUAAUGCAACAAAUCCUCAGCAAUACAUACCGCCUGUAAGGCCCAAUCCUUUGGGCUCUGAGAAUCCUACACAGGCCGUUUGCUCGGGUGGUAGUUCUUAUUAUCCUCCCACAAGUGGCACUUUACCACCUACAGUGGGACCCAAUGAACCACCACCACCCUAUACACAAUAUUAUGAUACCACUGGAGCAGGCUACACCAAUCCCAUGUUUUUGCAAUAUCAACAGAAUAUAGCGCCACCGGCUUAUAAGCCUCAAGCCUCUCCAAACUCACAGUUCACGGCUUUAAAUGCCAACAUGGCUAAUUUGAAUUUGCAACAGCAGCCACAACAAAACACUAACAAUACUACAAAUCCCCUAACAGGAGUAGCCAACACCGGGAAUUACCCACAAAUGUCUUACAACUCGUUGUCUAAUAAUCCUCAAAAUCCUUUGGUUUAUCAAGGCAACAAUCAGAACUAUCUAACAAAUCAACCAACAUACCCGAACAACCAGCAAACGUACCUUAAUCAAGCUUCUCUAAACAACAACAAUACUACAUCUUUGCCAUAUUCAACUAACAAUCCUCCAACAUCCAAUAUGACCAAUAAUUCUCUGUAUGCUGCACAGUCAACGGUUUCAAAUACGCCACAAAUGUAUACACCAUCACCACCAGUUGUUACAACAGCUGCUGCCACCACUUAUACACCUCAACCCUAUUUCUAUGGUACCAAUACACCAGCAAGCAAUAAUUUGAAUCCAACUUAUCAGCAAAGUUCUCAACAGAAUAGCUAUCAAACUCCCCCCACAAGUGUACCUACAAAUCAACCUUUGUAUGUGGCCACAAAUCAAACUGGUUUGCCUUCUUCAACUACACUUUUGCAAUCAACUGCUCAAAAUAUGGUACCUCCCACCAUGCAGGCUCCUUUUGUUGUUAAUCAUCUACCAAACACACAGACAGCACCAGCUACUGCUGGCUCCACAAACUUGCAGCAAACUCCUCAGAUUCAAAAUCCUUUACAAGUGGUAGGCACUAACGCCACAAUGUAUCCGUCUGCUGCUGUUCCAGCUCCAGUUUCUUCAACUUCUAAUGCUUUAACUUCUAAUGUUGUUACAUCCACUACCACUACUACCGCUCCAUUUGGUUCUUUGUCAUCAUCACACACUACUAUGCAUCCUGGUUAUAGUUUUAAUCCGCAAACGGGCAAUUUUAAUUAUAAUAGUGGCUAUCAGCAAACUAAUCCAGCUAAUCAACAGUUUUAUGGUCAAUAUACUACAGGAGCGGCGGCUGUCAAUACCCAAGUUGGUACUACCGAUUCACAGAGUGCUGGGAAAAUUAAUGUAGCCACGGGAUUCGAUUCUCCCAUCGUUUCCUCUCACACCAAACCCACACCAAUUGCCACAGUAAAACCAGAUGCAAAAACCUCAACUAUCCCUGCUGAUAACAUGAAUUACUACAUGCUCCCUAUGGUUAUCAAACUAAUGGACUACAUAAACUCUACUGUGGAUAACCAACUCUCAUCACCUUUGAACCGGCUGUUUACCGGCCGCACCUUUACAACAACUAACUUCUCCGGUGGAUUCACCAGCUACACCAAAGCCAGUUUUGAUAAUUUAUCCAAUUGUUCUGACAUUUCCUCUUUGGAUAAUUUCGAUUGGGAUUCGGUUUCCAUGCGCAGUGAUAAACCUUCGAACAAUGAUCAAAAACAUUCCGGUUCUACAUUCCAACUAAAACCCUUAGAUCCUUUUAAUGAUGACAAAACUCAAUAUUUUCACAAGGAGGUAGAGCGUUUUGAAAAAUUCAUUGAGUCUCUAAAUGAAAUGCUUAAUGGUCAUACUCCAUUAUCUACAAAAUGGAAAGAAUUACAAGAUCUUCUGGGCAAAGAGGCGCCCACUAGAACCACUUCAAUAGCAAAACUAUUUCCCGAGAAAAAUAGAUCCUUAGAUUGUUUGCCCUACGAUCAUGCCCGGGUUAAAUUGGAUAAGGAAACGGAUGAUUAUAUUAAUGCAGCAUUUGUUAAGAAUUUGAGUACUGGCUGUCCGAAUUUCAUAAUAGCCCAAACUCCGCAACAAAAUACUAUAAAUGAUUUUUGGUCCAUGAUUUGGUCACAAAAGGCACGAACUAUACUCUCGCUACAUACACCAAAUGAGAUGCUUGAUCCCUUCUGGCCUCAGUCGGUAGAUAAAGAAUCUAAUUUUGAUGAUUUCACUGUUAAAUGCAUAAAAAUAAUACAAUUAUCGCAUUGCAUAGAAUAUCAAUUGAAACUUUCCAUGUUGGGCGCUGAUGCCAUUAUCGAAUUGUCAGUAUUGCAAAUAAAAACAUGGACUAAAAGCACUCCUCCCUUAGUAGUGGGUAUAGCACGUAAUGCUUUACAGGCUCAUCAACAACGUUGCCUCGAUUUUAAUACCCCUUCUUCUCCACUGGUUUUGAACUGCUUAACCGGUUCUGAAAGAUCGGAAAUAGUGGCCAUUGGCAUAAGUGCCAUUUUGGCUACACAAAAUAAACGACCAGUUUUAAUAAGUAUGUUUUUUCUUCUUCUUUACAGCUAAAUAAUAAUUAAUGUUUGGAAUGGAAGAUAGUGAACUAAGGAGUACAAUAGAUCUUGGUGCAUACUUGAGAAGCUUUCAUUGUACGUUAUUGGCCCAGAUGGUAUAUCCAUUUUGAUGUUAAAUAAUUUCGAUAAGCCGGGAGUUGAGUACUUGUCCAAAUUGUCGUUAUUAACCUACAGGUUUCCAUGAAAAGGAGCAAAAAUCAACCUGUCGCUCAUUUC